AUGGUUGGCAGACGGUUGCUUUCGUUUGUGGCAUUGGCAGUGUCGUCAUGGGUGGCAGGAGCUCGUGCCGAGAACAUUUUGAAGGCCUCAUCACUCGUCACUUGUAUGGAGAACUCGGCGUUGACGGCGUCUGAGUUUGAUGUGGUUUUUACGCCCGACAACAGGACUGUCAGUUAUGAUGUGUCGGCCAAUGUGGCUAUUUCCGGUAAUGUCACUGCUCUGGUGACGGUAUAUGCGUACGGUAUUAAUAUUAUCGAGAAAAAACUUGAUCCGUGUGAUAUGAACAUGAACCAGUUGUGUCCGUUGACUUCGGGCCAGAUCGAUAUCCAAUCACACUCAACUUUAUCCGAAUCCAUUGUCAGCAGCAUUCCUGGAGUUGCUUAUAAUGUUCCGGAUAUUGAUGCUGUUGUAUAUGUUCGAAUUCUCGAUGAUACAAAUACCAUGCAAGCAUGUAUUCAGGCCUCGUUCACCAAUACUAAGACUGUUGACCAUGUGGCUGUCAAGUGGGUCACGGCUGUCAUUUCUGGUAUUGGUUUAUUGACAUCUGCUAUUCUGUCCAUGUGGGGUAAUUCCUACACAGCAGCUCAUGUCGCUACCAACUCGUUGGCUUUAUUUGCUUACUUCCAGUCGGUGGUUAUUGUUUGUAUGCAGGCUGUUGAUAGAGUUCCUCCUAUUGCUUCAGCAUGGGCUCAGAAUCUCGCGUGGUCCAUGGGUCUUAUUGAGGUUGAGUUUAUGCAAAAGAUUUUCCGUUGGUAUGUCCAGGCUACAGGUGGUACACCCACCACAUAUCUUCGAUUCAAGACUAUUUCGAUCCUCGUGCAAAAGAGAAAUGUCCUUGAAAACUACUUGAACCCGCGUUUCAGAGACUUUUUAGCUACUCAUGGUCAAACUGUCAGCGACUUUUUGUCUCGUAAUGUGCGAUUACUUGCCAGUCGAGGCACUUCAGAAGGCAAAAUCGAUACUGUCGCUCAUAGCUCGUCUACUUUAUUGGUGCUUCGUGGUAUCAAGCGUAUGGCAUAUCAAGCCGGUAUUGAGCAAACAGCCGUUGUUCUCACUGGAUUCACCUUUUUCGUACUCAUUUGUGUGGCUCUGGCUAUUGUAUUUGCAUUUGUCAGAUUUGUGCUGAUUUUUGCGUUCAAGUCAAAGUAUGACUACUUCCGAACCAACUGGAAAGCCAUGUUGAAAGGCACUAUUUUGCGACUGGUGUUUAUUGGAUUUUCGCAGCUGCUGAUUUUGUCGUUGUGGGAGUUUAUUGAACGCGACUCGGCUGCCGUGAUUAUUUUGGCAGUGUUUUUCCUGAUUUUGUCCAUUGGUAUUUUGGCGUGGAACUCGUUUAAAGUGUUUGUGAUUGGCCAACGAUCUAUUGCCACUCACGAUACUCCAGUAUAUUUGCUGUAUUCCGAGCCCGAGGUUAUUAACAAGUAUGGAUUUUUGUACACCCAAUUUGAAGGCAACCACUAUUAUUUCAUUGCCCCUGUGCUCAUUUACACCUUUGUCAAGGCAUGUUUCAUUUCGUUUGCACAAUCCAGCGGCAAGACUCAAGGUAUCGCCAUUUUCAUUAUCGAAUUGGCGUUUGUGAUUCUCGUGGGAAUCAAGAAGCCAUAUAUGGACAAGAUCACGAAUGCUAUUAACAUUACUAUUGGCAGUAUCUUGACGUUGAAUGCGUUCUUUUUCAUGUUCUUUUCAGGACUGUUUGGCCAACCCAUGUACGUAUCGUCGAUUAUGGGAGUCAUCUUUUUUGUGCUCAACGCGGCAUUUUCACUUGUGCUGCUGUUAUUCACGCUCAUUACCUGUACUAUUGUCAUUUUCUUCAAGAACCCCGACAGCAGAUACAAGCCAGCCAAAGACGACCGAGCCUCGUUUAUCCAAGAACAAGGGAAGCCCAACCCCGACGUUCUUGGCGAGUUCACAGCACUCGGAGCGGCAGCUCGAGCCGACCACGACGACGCUGGUCUGUUGCACCCAUCGCCACACACCGGAGCCGACGACGCCUCAAUAUCGUCGUCGUACCCCAGCGAAAAGCGCCAUUCUGGCUACGAGGUGUCGACAUACGACGAGUCCGAGUCCAGCGCCACCCCGCGUACCGCCUCCAAACAGGACGUCAAAACCGCCUGGGAGCCGCUCGCCGAGUGA